AUGUUGAAAAAUCUACAUGAACUUGAUCUUGGUCAAUGUUUUUCACUUGAGAAGUUACCUGAGGAUCUUGGCCAAUUAGAGUCAUUAGAGCACCUAACUUUGUCAUCUGCAAAGAUUCAACAUCUUCCGGAUAGCAUUUGUAUGUUGAAACAUCUGAAAUCUCUCAAUCUUGAUUGUUGUUGGUCGCUGGAGAAGUUACCCGAGGAAAUUGGGCGUUUAGAAUGUCUAGAAGACUUAUCUAUAGGAGCUACACCCAUAAGUCAUCUUCCACAGAGCAUUCUUAUGUUGAAGUGUCUGCGUGUUUGUGGGUCAAGAGGGAGUCUUGAGGUGUCUGAUGAGAUACAAAUCUCCUAUUACGAUGACAAUCACGUUUUCAAUCGCGAUCUUCAAUAUGAUUAUGUGGCUGGUCACAAAUGCUAUUAUGAUUAUGAUUACACAUACGAAUACGAUUACACAUAUGAUUAUGAUUACACAUACGAUUAUACAUACGAUUACGAUUACACAUACGAUUAUGAUUACACAUACGAUUAUGAUUACACAUACGAUGACGAUCAUGAUUACUAUUAACAAGGCCCAGAAAUGUUGUAACAGG